GAAUAGGGACUAGGCCCUGCAACGAAUAGGGAGAAUCUGUGUUGACCCCCCUGGAAAGUUUUGUCUUAAGAAGCCAAAAAAUCGUCUAAGCACUAACUCACUUCAAAAUAGUUCCUCAGCACCACGAUGCCACAAGAUUGGGGCAAAGCACUAGUUUUGCGUAACUGAAGCUUCUCAACUCACUUCAAGAUAGUUCCUUGGCACCAAAAUGCCACAAGAUGGUUGCAAAGUCCCACUUUUGUCUAAACAAAGAUCUUCAACUCACUUUAACAUAGUUUCUUCGCAGCACAAUGCCACAAAAUUAAAUUACAUGCAUUUAGAUAGCACUUUUCAUACAUUAAAAUACAGCGUUUUACAGAAAUUAAAACUGACAAAAAAUGACAAGUAUACAACACAAGAUGUAUACCCGAGCCUCCCACUCUCACAUUUAAAUGCAAAGCACAACCACAUGAACAUGCAUACUUAAUAGUGUAUAGACAUGGCAUGGCACUGAGGAUCCGGGUGAGGAAAAACAAACUUGUGUGAGCCAUCCACACUGAAAGGUGCCACCGCCCGCAGCCACAGAGGAUGCCGCUGCAAUGACCACCAUCACUGGGGAAGACCAGGAUGGACUCCCCACAUUGUGCAGAGCGAACCUGUCCCCCGGGCCACGGGGAAACUGCAGAAUGACAUCCCCGUGGGCAGACCAAACACACGUCCCAGCAUGGAGGCUGCAUGAGAAGACACUGGAUUUAAACUUAAAGGUUAAGAAGACUAAAAGACAGUAGUACAGAAUAAAAAAAAACUGAAGGACAGUAAGAAAUGCAAUAAGAUAGGAUAAAAAUGGUCAAAUGAAUAGAUAAUGGAGUAAAUCAGUAAUAAACGAAAUAAUUAAGAAAUCAGUUAACAACCAAACCAAGAAGGUGAGUCUUGAGCCUCCUCUUAAAAACAUCAACAGACUCAAUGGCAAAUUCCAGCAAAGCACUCCUCUUGUCUAAAUAAAGCUUCUCAACUUCAAUGUAGUUACUUGGCACCAAGAUGCCACAAUAUAGAGGCAAAGCACCACUUUUGUAAAAAUUAAACCCCUUCAACGUAGUUCUUUAGCACCACAAUCCCACAAGACAAGCUCCUCAGCUCACUUCAACAUAGCUGUAGUGUGCGGCAAACAGUCCUUUUUUUCUAAAUGAAACUCCUCAAGUCAUUUUAACAUAGUUCCUUUGUACCCAGGUGCCACAAGAUUGUGGUGAAGAACUACCUUUGUCCAAACGAAGCUCCUCAACCGACUUCAACAUAGUUCAUUGGAGGAUCGGUUCCCAGGAAAAAAAAAUCAUUAAAUAAGAAAAUAAUAGCAACUCGAGUUGCUCCACCCUUGCAUCACAUGUAGGGGAGGUUUGGGCAAUACUCUGCGACUGGGGAAUGAGUGGCAAGGCUGCAGAUCGGAUGGACGUAGGCACUGCUCCCGGACUUGCUGCUUGGUAGGCUGAGCGGCACCAUGGCCAAGUGGGAUUACGACUAUCUGAUCAAGCUGUUGGCGCUCGGCGACUCGGGCGUGGGCAAGACCACCUUUUUGUACAGGUACACUGACAAGAAGUUCAACCGCAAGUUCACCACCACGGUGGGCAUCGACUUCCGGGAAAAACGGCUGAUGUACACAGGGACUAAUUCCGACGGGGCAACGGAAAAGAACUUCAGAGUCCACCUUCAGCUCUGGGACACAGCUGGACAAGAGAGGUUUCGCAGCCUCACAACAGCCUUCUUCCGAGAUGCCAUGGGCUUCCUGCUCAUGUUUGACCUGACCAAUCACCAAAGCUUCCUCAAUGUCAGGAAUUGGAUGAGUCAGCUCCAGGCCAACGCAUACUGCGACAGUCCCGACGUGGUCCUGGUGGGCACCAAGGCUGACCUCCGCAACAUCAGGGACGUGCACGCCAGGCAAGCCAGAGAUCUGGCUGACGGAUACGGCAUCCCCUACUAUGAGACAAGUGCUGUUACAGGCCUGGGCGUGGACAAGGCGGUGCAGACCCUGCUGGACAUGGUGAUGAAGCGGAUGGAGCACAGUGCGCCAGAAGCCGAGCACAAUGGCAGCAGUCGGCCAGCAGGGGCACCGCAGGAGGUCGCCCUCUGGAGGAGGUGCGCCUGCUGACGUCACGCCUGACAUCACCGGACACUUUAUUAGGUACAUGCCGUCCAAUAGGAGAAAAUACAAGAGCUGUCUCAAUAAUAAUGCUCAUUGUAUUGGAUCUCAUUGGAUGGUGUAAGUGUACCUACUGAAGAUAAUUUGUCAUUUUUUAUCAUAUAAUAUCAGUCAAACAAUAAAAACAUGGACAAGAA